UAGAAUAUUAAAUGAAAAUAAUAUGUAUUUUACUUUGCGAUAUGGUUGAUUCGUCCUUUCAACAUACGGAUGUGACUCCAGAAGACGUGUCUUAAAGUAUUAAGAGAAAUAAUGGUUGAAUCAAAAGCCCCCUCUCCUCCAGCUAGCACAGGGAGUGGGGAAUGGAGGCAUCACAGGAAGUCGGGCUGGGCUUCCCCCAUGGUCGCUUUUCGCCUUCAGUUUGCUGCGCGUUGUGAGAGAGAGGGUAUCCCUCCGCGCUUUACAUUAGAUUUUUAUGGUUAUUUAUUUUCUUUGAGUACUGACAGCUUGUUCAGUGUACCGUCAGCAAUACCGAAGGCUCAGCCACAAAACACAAAAUGUUUUCCUUCCACAAACCCAAGGUGUAUAGGUCAACCACAGGCUGCUGCAUCUGCAAAGCCAAAUCCAGCAGGUAUGUGUAUUUUCAGUUUGAAUAUAGUUUGGUUUUAGUUUUAUAGUUUUAAU